AUGAGUAAACACGUUUUGAUUCAGAUGGUUUCGAUCAAGGUUAUUCGCAAUAAGCAUACUGGUUUAUCUGAAGGCUAUGGCUUUGUGGAGUUUCUUUCGCACGAUAUGGCUGAUAAAGUUUUGAAGAAGUUUAAUGGAACAUAUAUGCCGAAUACAGAUAUGCCUUUCCGUUUAAAUUGGGCCACCGGCGAGGAGAAUGAUCACGAGCUCUCUAUUUUUGUGGGGGGUUUGGCGCCAGAUGUCUCUGAUUCUCUAUUGUACAACACCUUCUCAGAGAUCUAUCCUUCGGUUAAAGCUGCAACAGUUGUCAUAGAUGCAUAUACUGGUAUAUCAAAGGGUUUCGGUUUUGUGAGGUUUGGAGAUGUAAACGAGAGGAUCAAAGCAGUGACGGAAAUGCAUGGCGUAAAAUGUUCUAAUAGAGCUAUGCUAAUUGGUCCUGCAACACCUACGGAGACAAGAAGUUUUCGACAACAAGGAAUGUACAUGAAAAAUGAUGCAAUAAGUUAUCCUGCUAGGGAUGCAACAAUAUUUGUCGGAGGACUUGACUCUAGUGUCACUAGCGAAGAUCUAAAGCAACCUUUCUCUGCAUAUGGGGAAAUAGUCUCUGUCAAUAUUCCUCUUGGCAAAGAAUGUGGAUUUGUUCAAUUUGUUAAUAGACAAAAUGCAGAGGAGGCUUUGAAGAAACUAAAUGGGACUGUAAUUCGAAACCGUAGAGUUCGGCUUGCUUGGGGACAAAAUAAGCUGCCUAGAUAUAACUAUGGAAACCAAUGGUUUGGGGCAUACUUUGGAGGACAGCAUUACAAUGGGUAUGGAUACAUGGUACCACAACCUCAUGACCCGAGAAUGUAUGCAGUUGCACCUUAUGGAGGGUAUCCAGUGUAUAGUGAUCCCCAGCAACAAGUUAGCCGAGGAAAUUGA